AGAAAGAAAAACCCGCCUUUUAACCCUGAGACCGCUCUUACUGGAGAACAGUUCAGUGCUGCAGUCUUACUCUACACAUUAUGAUGGACCUCGCCAUGUUAACAGCUUUAUUCUGCUGGAUCUCUGUCUCCGUCUCUGAGUUUCACACUGUGGAGGUCCAGUCUGGUGAAGAAGUCACACUGAUGUGCACCAACUUCACCAGUUCUACCAGUCACAUAUUCUGGUUCAGACUGGACAACAGACCCAACGCCACCUGCAUCUGCUCCAUGUUCACCUCUGAUGGCAAUGUUACGUUCUGUGAUGGAUUUCAAAAUGGAAAGUUUAACAUGACGUCCAACAUCACUACCCUCUUUCUCCAGAUCAAACAAGCAGAUUCAUCCGACUCUGGACUCUAUUUCUGUGGAUCUCACUGGAACAAUUGGUCAAUAAUUUUCAGUGCAACGUACUUAAAGGUUCAAGAAAAUCCUCAUGCAACAACAAGUGUGAUUCUGGGCGCUGUGACUCUUUCCCUCAUCAUAGCUGCCACCGGUAUAGCUGUCACAGUCAGCAAACUUCAGACAGCUGAAAAUCAAGAACAGAAUCUACAACGGAGUGAGAAUCUGGACUCUGGUGACCUGAAAGAUGCUGCACUGAGUUUGUGUUCAACAACAAUAAGAAGCAGGAGGCCUGCAUCAGUGAGAGAAGUGGAGUCUCAUGUUAUGUAUGCCGCCAGCAAAUAGACACAAGGACCUAAUGUAGCUACACCUCAUGCUGGAGCAGGAGCUGCAUCAUUUUGUCAAAAAACAAAAAAAAACAAUUUAGUUUUGUGAUAGAUUCUUCAUUCAUAAAAG